AUGGCAUUGCAUUACUUGAUCCACCAGUUCACGAACGGCGGCGGCUCAGCAACUUCCGUUGAGGCUCCCAAGGUUUUCAUUUUCGCAAUGUGCCAGGAAGAAGCUGAUCACUGGCUCUCCAAUGAUGCUACAGUCAAACUUUCCCGUAAGAUACCUUUGCCAGGUCUUUCUCGGGGCUUUGGCGAUGUGCAUUCCACUGCGGACGGCUCUGUCUGCCUGCUUAUCGUAGGCACAGCACUUAUCAACGCCGCCUUGUCCGUCAACAACCUCAUCUCCUCAGGGCGGUUUGACUUUACCAAAACCUACUUUAUCCUCAGUGGGAUUGCAGGUGGGAAUCCCAGGAUAACCACGCUUGGAGGGGUGGCGUUUGCUCGGUUUGCAGUACAGGUAGAUACCCAGAUGGAGUGGGACGCGAGGGAGAUUCCCUCGUCAUGGCAGUCCGGCUACGUGCCCAUGGGUGCAAAAACACCAAACUCGUUUCCGCUCGGUGUCCACGGCUCCGAGGUUUAUGAGCUCAAUGACAACCUCCGGCAGAUGUCCAUGGAGCUUGCCCGACAGGCGAUCCUCGAGGACUCGAAAGAGGCCGCAGCGACCCGGGUCAAGUACGCGGAUUCCCCCAACGACAUGUACCAGGCUGCCACUCUCGCUCCCAGCAUUCUGGAAGGGGAUGUGCUCUCAUCCAACACCUUUUGGCAUGGGUUCUACCUCUCCGAAUCCAUGGAUAAUGUCGCCAAGGUUUAUACAGCAGGCAAGGGCAACUACGCCAUGACGGCCCAGGAAGACACGGCAAUUUUAUGCGCGUUGCUGAGAGCAGCGCUCCAGGAAAAAGUCGAUUUCUCGCGCAUCAUACUCAUGCGGGCAGCGUCAAACUUUGACCGGGAACCUACAACUGAUGUGCCUCCGCAGCUGCCCUGGAUCAUGGAUAGUGGAGGUUUGGAGCCUGCAGUGCGGAACUUGUACAACACUGGAGUCAAGAUCAUCGACGCUAUUCUGGCGCGCUGGACCUCCAAAUUCGAGCAGGGCAUCCGGCCAGACAAUUACAUCGGCGACAUCUUUGGGUCACUCGGUGGAAAGCCAGACUUUGUGCCCGAUGGCAUAGGCAAGUCUGGCACCGCUUGCAGUGCUAACAAGCCUCCAGCUUAG